ACACCCGGUUUCCUUUAUCUCGUUACUCCUUUACAUCAUCACUAAUAUAUAUUAUCCCGAUUGCGCACUUUCAAUCAUUUUCCGGUCACCGGAGUUUCUUCCGUACAGUUUCCGAUCUCUCUAUCUGAAUCACUCAACUAGCUGGGGGUCUCGUUGGAAGCAGUCUUUCUAUCCCUUGGGGUGGGAUUCUAUUGGAUACGAUGGCAGAUAAAGAGGAAGGGAAUGAAACCGAGCCUCGAGGUGCUGACUGGGAGGUUGUAUCACUAACAGGAUCUACAUAUGCUGCUGCUCCUGGUCCAGAUAUGGUUGACCCGAAAAGUGGUGAAAAGAGUGACUUGGUUGACACAGAUAAAAACGAAACUUCAAACGCGUUGUUCAUGUCUGGUCAUUUUCUCUUCCCGCCAAGUCAGCAUGAAAAUCUGCCAUUGGAACCCGAAAACACAGAGAUUGUUGGUGAACAAGGAGGAGAAGAUCUUGCUUCAGAAUCUACUAACGAAAAAGGUGAAAAAUCGUUUGCUAAGGAUCAAGAUAAUUGGAAUAUUGAGAAAUUAACCGAGUCUGAUGAUUUUCGUGGAAUCCCAUUUUUUGACGAAAAAGGUAACGUAUUGACGAUUAAUGACGUGGACUUUGCAGACAGCAGAACCUUGCCAGGUUUAAAUUUGGCGGGAAAAGAGGAGAGUAUUUAUAAUUCAGCCAAGUUUCAUUCACUUCAUAGUGAACCGAUUACAGGCGAGUCAAACAUAGAUGAUGAAGACAGAGUGUUGGCGGAAUCUAUAGAAUCUUCCGACUCGUCCGUAGGUUCAAAUGUUCCUAAACAUACCGAAGAAGAUAACUAUGAUGGAUCAGGCCUGCCAUACACAACAUGGUGGAAGAAACAAGCUGCUGCUUUAUAUGCUCAUGCAAAAGAGGCCAAUACGUUUUGGUCCAUCUUCAUUGCUGCUGCAGUAAUGGGCCUUGUGAUUAUUGGCCAGCAAUGGCAACAAGAAAGAUGGCAAGUUUUGCAUCAUAGGUGGCAUUCUGGGGUGUAUGAUGAGAAAUUUGGAAGGAUUGUGGGACCAAUUUCCCGAUUUAAAGAUGCAAUCGUAGGUGGCAACCGACGAGGUUUCUCCAUUAGAUCAAGAGAUCUUUGAAGUUAAAGGUGACGAGAUGAUGACGAAAAAUGUGGUUUUGUCGGUGUGAAUAGCAGGUUCUGUUUUAAGCAUCAGCUGACCUAUUUGUAAGAAAACCAAAAUCAUGCAAGAAGCUACAGUUGCUUGUUUGUGUCAUAUUUUUAUGCUUUUAUGAAUUCUGUUUUCAGAUAAUAAAUAUUAUUUGUUUGCUUAGUUGUUGAAUGUCAUUCCAUAUUACUUUUUUUUA